CUGUUCUAAGUCACUAAGCUACUAGAAAAUUGCUAGUUGUAAAGUAGACUGAAUUCUUGUUGCUUAUUUUCCAUUUAAUGUUUUAAUGGCACAUGUUUCUCACUUAAUUUACAGCUUUGACUUUUUGCAUUUUUUUUUCUGGGAGAUAAUCAGGCUAGCUUUUGUAAGCAUUUAGCACUGUAAAAUAUAAAAUUUUCAUCACUGUUCCUUUAGGGGAGACAUACUUUGGUUACCAAAGCUACAUACUGCUGUUGUAUAGCCUCUAGGAAAUGUGUGACAAUUAAGGACAGUUCAAAGCUAAUCCAUUUUUAAUUUUAAAGUACAAUUUUUACCUUUUUUUAGAGCCAGAACUUUGAACUAGAAUAUUAGAAUCCAUAAAUUCUUAAAAAAUUUGAAAACAUUUUGCAAAAACUAUACUUUCUGAUGUAUAUUUUUAUUUAUGGGUGAAUGUGUUCAAAGCUUUUGAUAAGCUCAUCUAUCCUCAAACUCAAGUAAAAGCAUACACUUUGUCUUAUUAAUAGACAUUGCUGCUUGUAAAAAUGAAUUUUAAGCAUUUAGAGAGAAAGCUCUAUAGCUCUUACUUCAGCAUAUCUGGCCAGCCCUCAAUUUUUCAGGUGUCUAAGCACAUAGCUGCCUCAAAUAUGUGCUUAUUGCCUUGUAAGAUGAAAACCUGAACUGUGAUAUUUUGAAUUUAUUUUCUUAAGAUGUGAGGUUUCUUUCUGCAUUUUUACAUGUAAACAGAUUUUGCUAUUCAUGCUGUCAUAAACAAAUCCUGUAAGCAUUGCCUCUCUACAGCUAUUGGCAGCUUGUGCUCUGGAUUCUCUAGGAACGUGUGGUGUCAGAGCUGAGUUUGUCUCUAAAAACCAGGAGUGGUGAACAUCAUAAUAUUUGUUAUUUGUGGCACACCAUUGUGGGUCCUCCUUCCCCAUGCAGCUCUCUCUGGUUUGCAGUGUCCCUGCCCUGUAGUGCCAAGCAGGAUGUUCCCAGAACAGUGGAACUGGGACUGCCCUGGCAGGAAGUGCUGUGUCCUGUAGACUCCUUCUGUUUGCUGAAAUAUCAGCCAAGACUGUUUUCCCCCUCCAACUUGAAUAAUUUCAGGGUAUACCUAAGUAUCAAAUGUGCAAGUGUGUUGAUGUUAUUUUUACAAAAGGCUAAGUGCACUAAUUUAGGAUCCAUUCAGGCUUCAGUAUGUUCCACCCACUUCAGUCUGAGUUUGGAAACAGGAUUUGAGACUGCAGCACCUGACAGCUGGAAUGCUUUACAGAAGUCUACAGGUAGUAGACAGGACACAUAUGAUUGGAGUGCCAGACCAAAACUGAAAUGUGAAAUUCCUCACUGUGACUUUAAACUUGUAGCUUUCUAGAGAGAAAAAAAAAAAUAUAUAUAUAUAUUGUGCCUUAAACCAGUAAAUGAAUACACUCUAACUGUAGCCUGUGGACUUCCAUGGCCUUAUAUUCGAUUUUUGAAGUUGACCAAAAAUAUUUGUGUGGAUCAUACUGAAACUUGACUUGGGGAAAAUGCUUAAAAAAAAAUCAUUUUGACCCCAUGUUACACUUAGAGAAAUGAAGAUUUAUGACAAGUACAGCAUAUUUUUUGUUUGGAAUCACACCAACCAAAGUCAGAAAGCUUUAGCUGACCUGAAUUUUUCAAGCAUUUCUGUUGUGACCAAAAGAAAAAUAAGGAAGGAAAACAAGUUGCAGAUAUCUGUCUCAGCUUUGAAGUCUCUGUGUCAAAUUAUUUUUAAACAUUUUAAUAUUUGGUCCUCAAUAAAAAAAAAAAAAAUCUCAAUUUUAGUUUAAGCAAAAUACUGUAUUUAAGCCAUUAAAUAGCAAAAUCUUCACCAGUGCAAGAAGAAAACUUGACAGGGGCAGGGUUGAUUGUUUGUGUUAAGGCUCCAGAACUUAACUUGUGUUAAGUUUUGAAUACUAAAUUUUACAUUUUAGGAAAAAUAUUCACAUGUAAAUCCCUGAAAGUUCACAUGUAGAUUCUCUUUUUUGGAGAAAAAAAAAAUGUACUUUUUUCAUCCUAACUCAUUAAAGAAAACUAGAAAUACUUAAGAUCUUAAAAUCUUGUUUUGAUAUAGUAGAAGGAUUUCUUAUGUGUAUUUUUUAAUACAAAGAGCUCAGGAAAAGCCACUGCUGGCUUUUCUUAUUUGUCUAUAGAGGAUUCUUUGUGUGUUUUGAACAAACCCUCCAAAUUUUGAUUUCCCCCCUCCCAUAUAGCACUGAACCUUGGAAAGUGAUGCCAUCUCAGAGGUUAUUGUUGUGCUGGGGGUAUUUAGACAUGCACACAAACAACUGCCUGUCAGCUGCUGACAGAGCUGGUUUGGAGCAAUACACAGCAAAGUUACAAAACAUUUCCUUUCACUGAGCUCCAGCUUCAGUCUGGCUGCUGCUGCUGCUGAGCACAACAUGGAACACACAAGCUUUGUGUCUUCCCUGCUGCUUAAACUCAUUCCAGUCACCUCACUUCUUAUUUUGUGGUGAUGUUUCAGCACUCCUGGCCAUUGGUGAUUUGCUAGCUACUGGAAUGUUCUAGUACUGAAUCCCUUGAGAAGGUAGAACUACUGUUAAGGCCUUUAUGUAUGAUGAUAACUCAAGAGAAACUGUCUAACUUGAUUCCCCACAGACCUUUUAAUUGUUUUUUCAAGCACAAAGAGAGAAUAAUGUUGGCCAAAAUACCUGGUUUGGCUGAUUAGUGAGGAGGGAAGGAUUUGUUGGUCGCCAAAGGAUUUAAAACUUUGAAGAAAAUAUGUAAUUUUGGGGAAAAACUUAUCACUUCUCAAGCAAUCUGUCUUAGAAGUUUUUAACUCUUCCUCUGUGUUAUUAUGUAGCUACUACAAAUCUGAUGUUUUACAUGAACUCACUCUUAAUAUUUACAGGUUUUUAGAGAUGUUGACAGGGUCUUAUCCAUAAAUGUUUGAAUAAUGCUAUAGCAAAUUACUGUGCUUAUAAAAGUGUUUGUAAAUAAAUUCUUACACAUCAUGUCAUGUAUCAUAAACUUCAGUAAAGCCCUUGUGAGAUGCUGAGAAAAGCUUGGUGAAGAGGUGUUGUGAUUUGAUGUUGCUGAAAGAUGAAAUCUCACAGUCUUUAAAAACUACAUUUAGAUAUUAUUUUGUUGUAGUUGUGGGCAACUUGAUUGGGAGCUGCUCUGGGAUGUUCCUAUUUUGUUUCCUGGUUUCCCUGGCUGCAGUGUGUACUUCAGUUUGCUUUUUGUCUAUUUUCUUUUACCUAAGUGUGCAUGACUUUAAGUACAUUGUAUAGCAAAUCCCCUGCUAAAGAAACACUUCUGUAUAUUUUUGUAUGGCAUUCCAACGUGCUUGCAUUGGUACAAAUGGUUGUAAAUCACAAAAAGUGCCACUUGCCAGUGCUGCUCUGUGGAGUGUUGUGUCACCUGUAUGCUGUUGUACAAACACGCUGAUGAGUGCUGUGAGCAGUGUUUGCCUUUAGUCUUGCCUCAGGUACUGAUGUGGAGCAGUUUGGUGCUUUUCCUUCUGACUUGUAAUACUUGGGAUUCUAAGCAGAAAAUAAAAGUAGUAAACAAAAAGCCUUGUGGUUGGAGCAGUGCUUUAACAGGUGCUUCUUUCACAACUCAAGUAUAGUGCAAUAAAGAUGGUUAGAUAGACAGGAUGAAGCUGGGCUCACUAUCUUAACUCCAAAACCUUAGGCUUCAUGGCUGGGAAAUGCAAUAAAAUUCAAAGUGUUUGCUGAAUAAUACAGUUUACAUAGAGCAUCAUAUGUAUAAAACUUGUUCUCAGCUAAACUAGUAUAGUUUAAAUUUUUGCAUUUCAGAGGUGAAUUGUGUGGAGUUGAGCAAGCAAUGCUAUCAGCAUUUUCAUCUUCACAGCAAUUUAAUUCAAACAUACAUGAACAUUACUUCCUGUGCCAGAAAGGUUAUAUAAUUAGUACAGACACUUUGAAAAGAUUUGAUUUAUUGAAGAUGUUUAUCAAGAAAACCUGAUGCUUAAAUUUGGGUGCAUUAAAAAGGCAGCCCCCUAACAUCUGGCUUUGACAGCAUUUGUUAAACUUAGCUACUGUCCUCAAAAAUGAGGAUGCAAUUUAAUUCAGUCAGUGUAAGUAUACUAAUAGUAUUUUAAUAUUAAUGUGUUCGGCUUAUAUUUGACUUUCCCUGAAGGAAAGAAUUGAAAUUACUAAAAAAAGACCAGCCCACACAUUAAAAUGAGCUAUAGGCCUAAACAGACUUUUUAGCUCCAACAGUUUCACAGAGCUUUAGCUCAAGAAGCAACAAUACAAGUGUGUAUGGAAUUUUUUUUCAGACAGCUCACAGAAAAUACAUGUUAAUUGAAUCUCUUGCAUAUCUGCAUGCUUCAUCAGUCACCCACAUUGCCUGGGUUCCUCCAGUAACAAAGCUUCUUUCAUAUUUGCAGAUGACUUCAGAAUGUUUUAUUAGCUGAAUACACUGCAUAUCCCCAGUUCUUUGUAAAGAAAUCAAUGAAAUAAAUUAACUGAGGGGAAAAAAAAGAGAAGAAAACUGCCAGCUCUUCUGGCUUUUUUUUUCCCCCCUCCUCUUUCCAAAGGCUGUAAGUCUUGCCUUUUCCCCUUCCUGUCAUUUUCUCUACGGGAGCAUAUUUCUACUUCUAGGUCAAAUAAGUAUCUACCUAGAAGAUCAGCAAAGACAGUUCCCUUAUGCUGGGACCUGCCUUUUUCAAGUUUUUCUGCUGCUGAUCUAUUCUUGAUGAGUCCACUUUCUGGAAGUUGAGUGUUAUGAAAUGUAAUUGAUGGGGCUUAAAGGAUUUUCUUUUUUGUGUGUAUGAUUUUUUUAAAAAACUCCAAAUAUGCAGAAUAAUAAACAAGCUGGAUAAGUUGUCUUGAAUUUUUAUAGAUUGCUAUAGUCAUGAAAAUAAGCUGCUGUAUUAGCAGAAGGGAAUAAGAGCAGAAACAAGUGCUAACUAUGGAGUUACCAAGUGUCCUCCCCUUGGCCAGUGCAUAUCCUAGGGACAUCUGGGUUUCUUUGUCAUCUUUGGGAAUGGAAGAAGUGGUGCUUGGGAUCACCUUGAAAAUAACACUGCUAGGAUUUUGUUUACUGUGUUGCUAAUGAUGUUUGGAUAUCCAAAACUUCACCUUCCUGGAAGGGUGGUGGCAGGUUUUUAUUUUGCUUUCAAAAUUUAAACCAAAGAAAAAUGUAAAGCUUCUAGUCAGACAUAAACAUCUACACUCUGGAGUACGGUCAAAUAUUUUAAUUUUAACAUGUCUAUUUAGGGACAUAUUUUAUGUGAUGCUAAAUCAUGUAUCAUCUACAUAGUGGAGAGAAGAGUGCAGUGAAAUAAUAAAAAUUAUGAGCAGCUUUGAUAUGAAGAAUGCUAUGCACUAAGGCCAAGGUAAAUGAGCAGAGUCCUCCUUGCAGCCUUUGUCUUAGUUUCUAGUGUGACAGGAGGAUAUUAACUGCUGAUAAAAUCAGGGUAGGAAAGCAAUGCUUCCAUUAAAAUGUUAUGAUUUUGGAUAUUGAAACAGACCUUACUUUUUCCUCUCUUUUUCCAGCAUCAAGAGAGUGAUCCAUAUCUCAUUUACUUGAAAACCAUUAGUCACCAUUCUAGAGAUACAGCUAAUUACUUUUAACUAAAAAUAAUAUUUUGAUAAAGCUGUGCCAUUUCUCCUGGGAAUUGUUUUAAACUUCCUGUAUGCCUACUUCCAAUUUCUGCAAUACAGCUUGGGUGGAAUUUGUACUGCACUGUUCGAUAGCAACAGGUCUGAAGAGCACCAAGGAUGAAAUUCUCAAGGGUCUUGAUGUCAUGGUUGGAAAUGGAAUCAUUACUGUAUUUUUGAGCUCCUGCUAACGUCAUUGACACCCACCUACAGUCUACUAGAAAUAUAAGUGCAGAGAUCAGGUUGUUCACAGAUUACGAGGAGACCAACCAAGAAGGGGCAAGCCAAAGCCAAAUUCCCUGGCAGUCUGUUCAUCUCCAGCAUGUGGAAAGUGCUGCUCCUGGGUCUGUAUGUAGUAUUGGCUGUGAGAGGACUGGCAAAGGGUGCUCCUUUCCAACCAGAAGAUAAAUGGAAGCCUCUUGAUAACCCCCGAAACAGAGACCUGUUUUUCAGAACGCUCCAGGCUUACUUCUCGGGCAGGGGUCUCGAUCUCAGGAAGUUCCCAACUUCUUUCACUGUGAGCAAUGAAGGACCAAGGCUCUACUCAGAUCCUAUUGCUUCUGCAUUUGCAGAUUAUGAAGAAAAGAAAAAAUCCUUUCAGAACUAUUUCAAAGGCUGAAAGAUUCUGCUGAUGAAGGCAUUAACUUCAGAAGUCCAUGCCAAGAGGAAACCUUCACAGAAAAAUUUUACUGCUUCGACUUUUUAACUGUUACCUGACAAUUCCGAAGUUUCUUCACUGUUUCUGCCAGUAGAAUCUGGUGUCCUGCUGCAAUGAGCAUUAUUCCGUCUGUUGACAAAGCUAUGUCUGUGAGCAGAAUUGUGCUUAAAUGUGAAUAAAUCGGGAGUGCAACAGCGUGCAUUUACCCAUGCCAAGUGUGUUUGUUCAAAGCUGGGAAAUAAACGUUCCUUUCCGUUUA